UUCCACAUGACCUCCGCACCAUAUCAAAAUGUCCGGCAGCGUUGGGUUACCGGCUACCUGGUCUUAUCUUCUACGCGCAAAUGUGGGUCGAGCUCGUAACCUAACAAAUGGACGUCAUGUCCGGAAACUUUAUCCGUUGAUCUUUUAACAUACGCGCACAUAAUCCACACGCUUCAACUCCAACCUAUUGCAACUCAUGUGACAUCACUGAAUCUGGUAUUGCCCUUAUGCUUUUCUAGUUCACAAAUAUGCCAAUUGCUGCUCAUAAAGGACUGCUGUAUGUGAUUGAAAAGUUUGGUUAUUUCGUCUGAUGAAUUCGCUGUGUAGAUUGGUUUAGUUUCACUGUGGACUAACAUCCCGCCUCUUUCAAAUCCUCGGAACUCAUUUCAGAGAAGAUACAUCAAAUAUUUUAAAAUCACUUGAAAUCCAAGCACUCAGUGCUAGGAGGCUCCUCAUGACAUCUAAUCAGCUUUUCCUUGAGCAGGAAAACAAUCGAAGAGCCGAAGAACUUUCGCACAAAGUUUCAUUACUAAAGUCUUUCGCGAAAGACAUUGAAAAUGAAACCAAGGAGCAAAAUACCUUUUUGGAUCAAAUGCAAAACUCCUUCGAUACCGCUGGCGGCUUACUCUCCAAUACACUGGUCCAGGUGUUUGGGAUACCCAAGCAUCGCACCAAAAACCGUAAAUUUAUGUGCUAUGCGGUCCUGGUGAUGGUGCUCCUGAUUGUGGUGGCUUACUUCACCAUUUUUCGUUCGUCAAACUAAUCGGCGCCUCUUAUUUCAGAAUUUUCCUGUAUCUCUAGUUGAUUCGCGCAUUCGGGAUCUAGGCUUCGGCCUAACAAACUCAGCUGUUCACAUACUUGAAUAAGCAUGCUCUACAACGUACCGCAUAUUGUUCAGUUCUUCUGUAUCAUUGCAAACAGUCUUCAUUCAGAUCCGGUUGUCCUUUGAUCUUCACUUGAUGUACACAAAACUAUCAUUCUAUCUGUGAUAGACUGCCUAAAGCAGGGAUGUAUCAUUGGUUGUCCCUCAUUGUAAAAGCAUGUGAUUAUUGCGAGCGUUUUUCGUUGAUUUCUUGUGAAUAUUUGAUCCUCA